GUUAACAUAAUAAAACGCAAUUAUUAUACAACAAUCAUGUUGCAAGCUCGCAUUGUUCCCUGGAUAGAUUAUGAAGAGUUUGAGACAGUCUAUAAAUGGCUAUUUUCAGAUAGAAAAACACAGUUAGAGGACGUUAAACGUGGCAUCGACAGAGUAAUAUCAAUUAAGAAUUCAUCUUUUUAUCAUUAGUUAAAGAAAAAGUUAAUCAUAUUCAAUAAUAGAUACAAACAUGGAUAAAUAGGGGAGAGAUUCCAUCGUCAGUAGAAAUGACAGCUGCAUUCAUUGAGAUCAUCAUUCGUGACGAACAAAUGGGACAUCACAUGUCUCAUAAAGAAUUACGUUUAAUGUAUGGCAUGGCCAUUGUACGAUUUGUGAACGGUUUAGUCGAUCGAGAACAGAAGGGUAAGUUUGCACGUUCUAUUGGUACACUAGCAAGAAUGAUGGGGCUCCCGCCUUGGUUUGUGGAUCUACGUCAUGCUAGCACACACGAACGACUUCCAAGUCUAAAUACUUUAAGAGAUGGAGCUUAUCAAGCUGUGGGUUGGCUUCAUGACAACUAUUGGAUUCGUAAUCUUAAAAACACUGAACAAAAACAACAGUUACAAGAAACUUCCGAAAUCAAAUUAAAGUUAAAUGAAUAUAAGGAAUGUAGAAAGAAUUAUAUUAAAGAUAAAUACAGUGGACAAAAAUGUAGCCCAGAUAGAUAUGUUGAAUGUAUACAAGCUUUAUUAGAAAUGAUUGAUGAUGAGAUUAUUAAAGAAGAUAUUAUUCCUCUUUUGUUGGGAGUAGGUGGAUUAGUUCCAGCUGGUAAAAAGAAGAGAGCUUCAGCAGAUAAUAUGAUCAUUUCUAAAGGUUUAGUUGAGUUAUGGACACCUUUACUUCAAGGAUUAGACGAUGGUUUCCCAAGCUUUGGAGAAGAAUUAAUAACGAACAUGAUAUCCAAACUAACCAUAAAUUAUGAAUACGAAAUGAAUGAAACUUUACUCAAUCCAUACGCUGGAUUUGCGGCUCAAAAAGUAGAAGAUCCAACAAAAUCGUCUAGUUAUUUAUUAACAAUUGCUUGCUGGUUAAGGCAUUUUGUUCAAGAAUUUAAAGACAGUAUCAAGACACGAACAUUAAGUCAUAUAUCGAUAGAUACCAUUCUUGAAGGAUGUCUUAAAAAUCCAAAUUACUAUACACGAACCGUUCUUCAAACUAUUUCUACAAUUGAUCCUGAACUCGGUGAAUCUAUCAAGCCAUUUACAAGAUAUAUUGAUCAAAUAAUUUUAAAAUUCAUUUCAGAAAAGACAAAAAAUAAGAAUAUUCCCCUCAUAACUGCUGAAGAUGAAGACUUGCUAGAAAAUGAAUUAAAAGAGCUUGAAGCUCAACUUGUAGAUAUUAAAACUAAAACCGUAGAGAAAAAGAAGAAAUUUAGUUUGGAUGAAAAGAUGGAUAUUGAUGAUGAAAGUUAUACAGGUUGGAAAUUAUAUGAAAACUGGAAGCCUUGUCCUAUUGGUACACUUCCUAACGGGAAAGUGCCUUGUCUUGACAUGUCGUUUUAUGCUCCAAAAAUAUAACUUUGAACUUUUAUUUAUAUUGUAUAAAAAGGAAUGCAUAUUUGUGACUUUUAGCUUUAUAAGUUUACAUUGGAUUGUGUAUCGAUAAAAUAAAAUAAAAUAAAAUAAAAAAUUUGAUAUGCAACUAGACUAGACUGAAA